AUGGAUGAUGAAGACACAUAUUUAUUGAAAUUUAAAGGCUAUAAUUUUGAACGUUCUUUGAUUGAUAUUGACUUUCUAGAAAAUCUAGAUAACUUUGAAAUUAGAGAUGAUGAUGUCUUCACCAUUACAUACCCCAAAUCUGGUAAGUCUGAGGAUACCAUCUGGACUCAGCAGAUAUUAAGCUUGAUUUACUAUGAGGGACAUCGUAAUAGAACUGAAACUGUGGAAACAAUUGACAGAAGCCCCUUCCUGGAAUACAAUAUCCACAACAUAGACUAUGAGAAGAGGCCAUCCCCUCGCCUGUUUACCUCGCACCUCCCAUACUAUUUAGCACCGAAAGGUCUUAAGAACAAAAGAGCUAAAGUAAUUUAUGUCUACAGGAACCCCAAGGAUGUUUUGACCUCAUUUUUUCAUUUUUCUAAAUUGUUGAUUACAUUAGAAACUUCAAAUAACAUAGGACAUUUCAUGGAAAAGUUUCUAGAUGGAAGAGUGGUAGGAAGCCUUUGGUUUGACCACAUCAGAGGCUGGUAUGAGCAUAGACAUGACUUCAAUAUCCUGUUCAUGAUGUAUGAGGAGAUGAAGAAGGAUCUCAGAAGUUCUGUGCUUAAAAUCAGCAGUUUUCUUGAGAAAGAACUGAGUGAAGAGGAUCUGGAUGCUGUUGUGAAUCAGGCUACAUUUCAGAACAUGAAGCUUGAUCCUCAAGCUAAUUAUGAUCGUAUUAUUAAAUAUGAGGUCGGGGUGAGAACAAACGAGGGACAAUUCCUGCACAAAGGUACCAUCGGAGACUGGAAACACAACUUGACGGUGGAGCAAAAUGAACGAUUUGACAGAGUAUUCCAAAGGAAGAUGAAAGAUUUUCCCUUGAAGUUCAUCUGGGAAACAGAUGAGGAGUAG